CAGGUCAAUCCAAAAAGUCUGGUCUAUGGGUCGUCGUCCUCGAGCACAGGCCCACUCGAAAACUCGUCGAAUCUCACAUACGACUCGAGCAUCCAGACCCUCUAUCUCUCCGGGCUGCCCAUCGUGCCCAAUACAGGCGCAACGGCGCUCGUGGUCAACUCGUCGUUGUCGGUGUUCUCGGACCACAUCGAGCUCAUGAACCCGCUCUCCAUCAGCCAGGGAGGAACCGGGUCGAGGGCGGCGGCAUUCACGAGCAACGGUAUGGUCUAUGUGUCCAGCGGCGGCGGUGCGUUUGUGUCGACUCCAGGGUAUACGGCCGGGUCUGUGGUCAUUGCCGAUUCCAAUGGUGUGCCUCGGCCGAUUGCGGGUGCUCAGCUUCGGGCUGAACUCGGGCUGGCGAUCGAGACCGAUGUGCAGGCCUAUUCGAAUGUGCUCGACUUGCUCACGGCGACAGGCACUCCGAAUGCCCAGGACAUGAUCGUGGCUACGGCGACUGGUGUCUAUGCCCGGCAGACCCCGAGCCAGGUGCGAGCCAACUUAUCGCUCGGCACCAUUGCGCUGCAAAACACCGUUGGGGACUCGAACUGGGCUGGAGGGCCGCUGUCGAUCGGCAAUGGAGGAACGGGCAGGACCAACUUUACAGAUACAGACGGCAGCGUCCUAUGCACUGUGGGUGGAGCGCUGGUCACUCAGAAUCUGCUCACAGUUGGGUCGUCGCUGGCGGUUCUGGGUGUGCCGUUGCAGGUGGGGUCGGUCGUUGCGCCGUCUGGCAGCUAUCUCGGACUCAAUGGAUAUGCUCAGAUCUACACCGAUCACGCCGUGAUUCCACAUCUCCAGUCGACACUCGUCGAGUCACAGACGCUCUCAGUGUCUGCGGCGACGGCAGAUACCCUGGUGCUGUCGACAUCGUUGCAGUGCCCUGUCGGAAGCAUCACGACGCUCACAUCCACCACGUUGAAUGCACCGACCAUCUACACCAGCUCGCUCAUGGGCAGCAGCAUCUCGUUCCAGAGCACGCUGACGGGGCCGACGGUGACGCUGUCGUCUUCCAUCACGGCUCCGGCGGUGGCUACGGAUGCCAUCAACACAGCGACGUCCGGCGGUACCCUCAUGCUCCAGAGCGGCGUCAUCGAGGCAACAAACUCGGCUGUGACGAUCCAGGCUCCAGCGACGUUUAACCAGGAUGUGUCGUAUGCGAAGAGCGCUACGAUCGACGGGGAUGUCACGAUCAACGGCAAUCUGGCUCUGAACGGCGGGUUGGCAUGGAAUGGGACGGUGAUCGUAGAGCCUACGGUCGGCGUGGCGAGUAUAUUCAAUGCGACAUCGGUGGUGGUGUCGAAUUCGAAAGUGAUCAACACCCUCAACGAGGUGCUGCUGAGCGUUGUGUUCCAGGUGACCCCGAGUGCGGCCAAUAUCCAGUGCACAUUCAUGUUCUCGCUGCCGGGCAUGACGAGCCCCCUCACCAACGCAUACGAUGUGAUCGCAUGCGCGAGUGGAUGGACGGACACGUAUGUCAUCCUGCAGAACCUGCUGGUCUGUGGAGUGGCCAGCAGCGACUCGUGCUUGCUGCAGUUCCAGGCAGCCGGGACCGAUGUGCACUACAUCCAGGUCAUGGUGCGGUACACCGCUCCUCAAUAGGAGAUGGUGUUAGGGAUAGCUGCUGCCUGUUCUCCAUUUUGACUGCACACUUGGCUGCAUGGUUGUGUAUUUGGAGAUGGAGAAGAUGGGGGUGGGCUUGGAGUUGAGGGGUGAGGCGG